ACCAGCCCUGAGCCCCUGAACCCCUGCUAGGGUUUUACCAAUCCCUCCUCAUGGCGGCGGCCGCUCGCUGCCCGUUCCUCGCUGCCUCCAACUUCCUCCGCACCCGUCGCCACCUCUCCUCCAUCGCUCCACCAUCCCCACCUCACCACCCCAAUCCCCUCGUCGCCGAGCUCCUCGGUCUCCUUUCCGCCGCCGCCUCCUGGACGCCCGCCCUCGCCGGCGCCGUCUCCUCCUCCCUCUCCGUCGCCCCUGCAUCCGCCCCCGAUGCCGUCAUCCCCGUCCUCCGCGCCCUCAAGAAUCCAUCCCUCGCCGCCCCCUUCUUCCUCCUCGCCUCCUCCGCCUCCUCCCCACACCCGCUCCCUGCCGACGCCUACAACGCCAUCCACCCUUUCCUCUCCCACGACCUCGCGGCCCUCGAGAAGGUCCUCGAGGAGAUGAGCGUCCUCGGGUACGGCCUCCCCAACCCCGCCUGCGCCGACCUCGUCGCGACCCUCGUCCGCGCUCGCCGCCUCGACGACGCCGAGCGCGCAAUCGGCGUCAUGCGGCGGCUCAAGUUCCGCCCUGCGUUCUCGGCGUACACAGUGCUGAUCGGCGCGCUGGCGGAGGCACGACGUUCCGAGCGCGCGCUGGAGCUUCUGCGGCAGAUGCAGGAGGUCGGGUACGAGGUGGGCGUGCCGCUGUUCACGACGCUGGUGCGUGCUUUGGCCCGUGAAGGGCACGUGGAGGGCGCGCUGGCGCUGGUGGAUGAAGUGAAGGGGAGCUGCCUCGAGCCGGAUAUUGUGUUGUACAAUGUGUGCAUUGAUUGUUUCGGAAAGGCUGGGAAUGUGGACAUGGCCUGGAAGUUCUUCCAUGAGUUGAAGGCGCACGGGCUUAGUCCAGAUGACGUGUCUUACACGAGCAUGAUUUGGGUGCUGUGCAAGGGGGAAAGGCUAGGUGAGGCCGAGGAGCUGUUUGGCCAGAUGGAGUCGGAAAGGGCUGUGCCUUGUGCGUAUGCAUAUAAUACAAUGAUCAUGGGGUAUGGGUCUGCAGGGCGAUUUGAGGAUGCUUAUAAGCUGCUUGAUAAGUUAAGGGAAAGAGGUUGUAUUCCAUCUAUUGUGUCAUUUAAUUCGAUUCUCACUUGCCUUGGAAAGAAGAGGAAGGUUGAUGAGGCGUUGAGCUUGUUUGAUGCUAUGAAAAAGGAUGCAGAGCCAAAUUCCUCGACAUAUAACAUCAUGAUCGAUACGCUUUGCCUGGCUGGAAGGGUUGCCGAGGCCUAUAAGAUACGGGAUGAGAUGGAACAUGCUGGUCUGUUCCCUAACUUGUUAACAGUGAAUAUAAUGGUUGAUAGGCUGUGCAAGGCAAAGAAGCUUGAGGAGGCCUAUACCUUGUUUGAAACUGCUAGUCAGAGAGGUUGUAAUCCUGAUUGUGUGACAUAUUGUUCCCUUAUUGAUGGAUUAGGAAAGAAGGGAAAGGUUGAUGACGCUUAUAGGCUAUUUGAGAAUAUGUUAGAUGCAGGCCACAAUGCUAAUCCUGUUGUAUAUACAUCCUUGAUAAGGAAUUUCUUCAUGCAUGGAAGGAAAGAAGAUGGGCACAAAAUCUUCAAAGAGAUGAACCGUCGAGGAUGCCAUCCUGAUCUUACCCUACUCAAUACAUACAUGGAUUGUGUUUUCAAAGCAGGAGAUGUUGAAAAGGGAAGAGCAAUAUUUGAGGGCAUCAAUGGUUAUGGCUUCCUUCCUGAUGUCCGAAGCUAUUCCAUUUUGAUUCAUGGUCUCACAAAAGCUGGCCAGGCUAGAGAAACUUCCAAUAUCUUUCAUGCCAUGAAGCAGCGAGGUUUUGUUCUUGAUGCCCGGGCUUACAAUGCUGUUGUUGAUGGGUUCUGCAAAUCUGGGAAGGUGGACAAGGCCUAUGAAGUUCUUGAGGAGAUGAAGGUUAAACGUGUAGCUCCAACUGUUGCUACAUAUGGAUCAAUUAUUGAUGGUUUGGCUAAGAUUGAUAGGUUAGAUGAAGCUUACAUGCUCUUUGAGGAAGCAAAAUCAAAAGGAAUAGAAUUGAAUGUUAUUGUGUAUAGCUCUCUCAUCGAUGGGUUUGGAAAGGUUGGUAGGAUAGAUGAAGCUUAUUUAAUUUUAGAAGAGAUGAUGAAGAAGGGUUUAACUCCGAAUGUUUACACAUGGAACAGCCUUAUGGAUGCUUUAGUAAAAGCUGAAGAAAUCAAUGAAGCCCUUAUCUGUUUCCAGUCAAUGAAGGAAAUGAAAUGUUCACCAAACACUUACACAUACAGCAUUAUUAUACAUGGCCUUUGCCGAGUACAGAAGUACAAUAAGGCUUUUGUGUUCUGGCAAGAAAUGCAGAAACAGGGAUUGGUCCCUAAUGUUGUGACUUACACAACCAUGAUUUCCGGGCUUGCUAAGGUAGGGAACAUAACAGAUGCUUGCAGCCUCUUUGACAGGUUUAAGGCGAAUGGUGGAAUCCCCGAUGCUGCAAGUUUCAAUGCUCUUAUAGAGGGAAUGAGCAAUGCUAAUAGAGCAAUUGAGGCGUAUCAGGUAUUUGAAGAAACUCGAUUACGAGGAUGUAGAAUUAAUGUAAAGGCAUGCAUCAGUCUUCUAGAUGCUUUGAACAAAGCUGAAUGUCUUGAGCAGGCUGCUGUUGUAGGUGCAGUUUUGAGAGAAAUUGCGAAGUCCCAACAUGCUGCUAGAUCUUUAUAAAAUUCAGCCUCAUUGGAUGCUAUUACCAACACACUACAACAUUGGCAUUAUGAAUUUACAAUGCUUGGAUUAUCUCAGGACUUACUACAACAUCAGCCAAAUUGAUUUGGUUUGUAUAAUUCAUAGUUUCAUACUAUUUAGUGCAUUAGAAGGAGGUUUUGACAUUACCAUGAUUCAGUGUGAAGGUAGUGUUCUGCGAUUUGGUGAGAACAUUUUGUUAGGCAUUUCUCCCAAUGCUGAAAUGGACAAAAGGUUCGAAUCUCCUAAUCUCAGGUAACCAGGAGAAUAAUCUCAGUGUCACAGUUGCUCCAUGGCCACUUGGUGGCUUCAGAUUUGCCAACUGAGGAUUGUUCUCUAGAGAUGUCAAAGAAUUCCUGGUUCAGCAUGUUGAUUCAGAAGUUUAAAUCGAACUUCUACACAGGUGCAAUAGUUUCAAAAGGCACGAAAACAGGGUUGCUUUUGCCCCUGAUCAUGGACCUUUUGUUAUCGGCUCCGGGGACGGCUGAACGACACGAGAAGAAUGACCCCAGGCUGUAUGAGGUCCGGCAGAAAACCUGCUUCUCGGCUGCAGAGUUGCUCUGAAUAAUUUGUUCAUUCAAUUGUUUCCCACCUUUGGAAAAAGUGCCCAGCAAUUAAACAUCAUAACCACCCUCCACAGCUCACCUACAAGCUACAGUUUAUGAGUUUAGCCGUUGGUCGACAUAUUUGCCAAUUUCUUUACCCUCUGACCACAAUACUUGAGAUGAGCAUGCAGGCUCCGCAAAGUGCUCGAUCUCACGCUAAAGCUUUAUAGCUGCGCUCUUGCACAAGAACUCGGGAUCAUAUUCAAUGAAAAAGAGCUUGUAACAAUUUUUUCAUUGAAAAAACUUUUUUUUUUCAAGUUUCCAAUGCUUACACCAUUUUCGUCGGUAUGCCCUCUAAGA